AUGGCCAGUACUGCAGAACGGCAAUUUGGCUACUUCCCAUUUCGUAAACCUCAAACUGUACCUACUAAAAAGUUGCGUUUGUUCGAUGAAUUCGUGAGAUCGCUGCAGGUGGACCCUCACUCACCUCUCUUCAGGCUAGUAACAGAUGGACAACCACCCUUGAGACAAUGUCUCCAUCCCGAAGCGUGCAGCAAGGACCUCACAUUACCGACGUAUUACGCGCGUUUCCACGACAUUCGCAAGGAGUAUGUACGCGCGUAUACGCUGCGUGCUGUCAACGGGGCGCGAGCGGUCCCACCGCCGCCGCCGCCGCCCGACCAUCCUGGAUCACUGUUAGAUAUGCUCAACUAUUUAGGAAUAAGCCCAUACAGCGGUGACAAUUUCUACGCGGCCGAAGUAAAAGAUAUGGCCAGCAUUAUACAGAGGAUAAUAACAGAUGGUUUCCGGUUAGAGUUGCCCGAGACUGUGGAUUUAGUUUUAGAAACUGGUAUUUGGUGGGCACUGUACAUUGCCUGCUCUGUCUGCAGUCAUCAGCUCGUCAAGAGACCCAAUGUGAUUGAAUUUGCAAUUCUAUUACCAUAG